AUGUUCACUUCUCCCACUCCUUGCUCCAACAACCUUUGCUUUAAGUCUCAAAAGUACCUGUUGAAGGAGGUUUCCCUCCUACGAGAGCAAAACGAGGAGCAACAUGAACAGACCAAAGGUAUGGUACAGCAGAGAAAAAGAGAAGUAGAGGAUCGUCACAGUUCCUCGGUAAAUCCCAGAAGCCACGAUGACCUCAAAGAGGAAAUUGCACAACUCAAAGACACCAUCGAGAACUUGGAGCAAGAAGCUACCCCGAACGGUCCAAGCAUGAGAUACAUCAUGAAGGAGGAUGUAAGGUUGGAGACCGAGCUGAUGAGCCGGGUCCGCGAGAACGAAUCGCUCGGUGAACGACUGGGGGUAACGAAGGGAAAGAGCAAGAUGCACACUGGGCAAGAAGGUCAACCCUCGUUGGAAGAAUAUACACAUAGAGGUAAUGGGACAAGAAACCUGCCAGAACAAUUCGGGGACUCGGCCAGUCAGCCCAAGCGCAUUCCGAAUACUCAAGCCGUCUAG